AGGUUACAUGAAAACUACAAACUGUCGAGCGGGGUCUGCAUACCAAGGAGCGCCCUCUACGUUCACUACCUUGAUUUCUGUCGCCGUUCAGCUGUCGUUCCAAUCAAUGCAGCAAGCUUUGGAAAAAUUAUCAGACAACAAUUUCCACAGAUUACGACCCGACGUCUUGGAACACGAGGACAAUCGAAAUAUCAUUAUUACGGUCUAGCAGUACUGGAGUCAUCAAUUUACUAUGAAUCAACUGAUUCAAAGAAAGAACCUGGCCCUAUGCAGGUAUCCAUUAAACAAGGAACAAGCCAAAGUACCCUGGUGCAUACACAUCGAACAAAGCAUACAUGUCUUCUCCCAGAAUUCCCCGUUAUAGAAGGAAUGAGCUUCCCAAGCAAUGUCUCCAAGGAUCUAGUAACAACGUUCUUAGUCAUGUAUCGCACUCACUGCCAACGGAUAUUAGAUACGGUUAUCCGGGCAAACUUUGACGACGUUCAACUCUAUUUGCUACACUUCUGGCACGGAAUGCCAGUGCACGUCAAACCGAUUCUCCUAUCGGACCGAGUAGCCCGAUUAAUUGGUAUUUGUGAUUCUCUUCUUUAUAAGGCUGUAUCGACUGUACUAAUACCCGGUCUACUGCAACCCCUGCCGGAUAGCCUCAGUCGUGUGAUCCGACGGUUUUCGAAAGAAUUACACACUUGGCUGGAGAUGGCGCUACAUAGUUUUCCGGCAUGUCUCCGGAUAGUCAAAUUAGAAGGUAAAUUUAUCACUUUUUUAAGUUUAAAAGCUGAAGAAGAUUAA